UUCCCCGGAUUUGAUGACCUUUACUGCAAGUUCUGCUUCGUCUACGGCCAAGACUGGGUUCCCACAGCAGGUCUGGAAGAGGGCAUCUCCCAAAUCACCUCCAAGAGCGAGGUCGCACCCACCACACUCGUCUGGAACUUCCCCAUCGACAUUACCUUCAAGAGCACCAACCCGUCCGGCUGGCCACAGAUUGUCAUCAGCGUCUACGGACCUGAUUUUUUUGGAAACGACGUAGUCAGAGGUUAUGGAGCUGUUCAUGUUCCCUUCACACCUGGAAGGCAUACAAGAACUAUCGCUAUGUUUGUUCCAGAGUCCACAUCUAGGCUGCAGAAAUUUACAAGUUGGUUCACAGGGAGACGUCCAGAAUUUACUGACCCCAGAGUGGUAGCACAGGGAGAAGGAAGAGAAGUAACAAGGGUGCGAUCUCAAGGCUUUGUGACCAUUUCCUUCAACGUAGUCACCAAAGAUAUGAAGAGGUUGGGCUACGACGUCAGCCCGAGCGACAUGCAGAGCUCUUCUCUGGUGCCUGUUACAGAGGGAAUUCAUAAGCAUUGA